GCUCCGCAGCCAAUCGGGAAACGCGAAGCAGUUUUAAAUGAAGACGGCGGGUGAACAAGUAGUCAGCUUUUGGGUCUGCCAGGUGGUCGUCGUACGUUCUAUGUUGAAGAUGUGGCGGGUGAAAAAAGUGAACCUUAGCCUGUCGCUUUCGCCCCAGCCGGGAAAACCAGCUAUGAGAACUCCUCUCCGAGAACUUAACUUGCACCCCGAUGCCCUCACCAGCUCUGGAAAAGGGCCCCCGAUGGGCUACUCGCUGACCCCAUCACUGUGCAAACUGGAGCUGCAGGAAUGUACCAACAACUCAUCUCUACUGGGUUUUGAAAAUCCUAAGAUGACAGACUCUCCAUCAGAACAGUGCAGCCAUCCGUCAAAGUGGUUAGAAGCUUGUCAACAUGAAUCAGAUGAGCAGCCCCUAAAUCUGAUUCCUCAAACCAACUCUACUCCCAAAACGUCUGAGGAAGCAGUAGACCCACUGGACAACAAUGUGAUUAAAACUAUGAUCCUUGUACCCUCCUCCCCAGGAGGACAGCAGCAAGACAUUACACUUAAAGCCCAUUUAGAUACUAUGGCAGAAAUAAACAGUUUCUCUCUAGAUAAGCCUUUGAGGCCAGGAGAUCUGCUGAGAAAGGGGGAGACACCCUGCAUGGAAGACAGCUUUUCAAGAGUUGUUCCCGCUAUGCCCGAGAAACCUACAUUUCAGAACCCUCCAUCCCAUCUCUUAGAGUAUCCAUCAAAUUCCUGUUCUGAGCAACAACUACACUGUUCCAGGGAAAACUUGAGGGACAGUAGUUCUGAGGCUGUGCCUGAGGACUUAGUUGCUUCUGAAACUAAUGCCAUUUUGCCUUCCUCCAUGCUCUGUCUUUGCCCUCCAACUGCCUUAGCAGCAGAUUUCCUUGUCAGUCAUGUGGACCCAGGGGAGGAAACUGUGGAACACAGAGCUAUAGAGGAAGGAGAAAUGAACUUUCCCACACUCACUGAGGAGGCUGAAUUGGGAGAUCAAGCACGUGUCUUAAAUAUGGAAGAUAUUCCAUCCUCAUGCCUGAUCCCAAAUCCAGGAGAAAUGGAAUCCCAGGCAGCUCCAUGCCCAGCAGUAGAAGAUGCUGGUAGGAUUCUGAACUCUGAUACAGGGCCUUGGAUGUCCCCACUGGCCUGGCUGGAAAAAGGUGUAAAUACCUCAGUCAUGCUAGAAAAUCUCCGCCAGAGCUUAUCCUUUCCCUCUGUGCUUCGGGAUGCUGCAACUGGCACUACCCCUUUCUCUACUUGCUCAGUAGGGACUUGGUUUACCCCUCCAGUGCCACAGGAAAAGAGUACAAACACAUCACAGACAGGCCUAGUAGGCACCAAGGACAAUACUUCUGAGAGGGAGCAUCUCCUAUGGGGCCGUCCUCCAGAUCUGACUGCCUUAUCUCGACACGACCUGGAAGAUAACCUGAUGAACUCUCUUGUCAUUCUGGAGGUUCUCUCCCACCAGCUGCAGAACUGGAAGAGCCAGCUGACUAUUCCUCACCCAGAAGUUCAGGACAGUAGCACACAGACUGACACAACUGACACCUCUCCCAGUGGGAUAAGUAAGAAAUCUCAGCAUCUUCUGGAGAGCCAAGAGGUUGGACAGGCCCUGCUGCAGGCCAGAAAUGUCCUGCAAUCAUGGGCGCUGGUCUCUAAAGAGCUGAUAUCCUUGCUUCACUUAUCUCUGUUGCACCUAGAGGAAGAUAAAACUACUGUGAGUCAGGAGUCUCGGCGUGCAGAAACCUUGAUCUCCUGCUGUUUUGAUGUGUUGAAGAAAUUGAAGGCAAGGCUCCAGAGCCUUAAAGCAGAAAGGGAAGAGGCAAAACACAGAGAGGAAAUGGCCCUCAGAGGCAAGGAUGCGGCAGAGACAGUGCUAGAGGCUUUCUGUGCACAUGCUAGCCAGCGCAUCAGCCAGCUGAAACAGGACCUGGCAUGCAUGGGGGAAUUCAGAGGCCUCUUGAAGGAGACCCAGACGCAACUGGUAGGCCUUCAUACUGAGAAAGAAGAAUUGGCUCAGCAGACAGUGAGUCUUAUUUCAGUCUUGCAACAGGAUUGGAUUUCCAUGCAACUGGAUUAUAUAACAUGGACGACUUUGCUGAGCCGGUCUCGACAACUCACAGAGAAACUCACAGCCAGGAGACAGCAGACCCUGCAGGAACGUGAUACUGCAAUUGAGGAAAAACAGCAGGUUUCCAGGGAGCUGGAACGAGUCUCUACCCAGUUAGAGGACUGCAAAGGCCAAAUAGGACAAUUGGAGUUGGAAAACAGUCGCCUAGCAGCAGAUCUCCAGGCUCAACUGCAGAUUCUUGCCAGCAUGCAGAGUCAGCUAGAAGAGCUACAGAGUCAGCAUGCUCACUGUACCCAGGACCUGGCCACGAAGGAUGAGUUGCUCUGCCAGCUUACCCAGAGCAAUGAAGAGCAGGCUACUCAAUGGCAAAAGGAAGAGAUGGCACUAAAACACAUGCAGGCAAAGCUGCAGCAACAACAUGCUGUCCUGGCCAAGGAGGUGCAGGACCUGAAGGAGACACUGGAGUUUGCAGACCAAGAGAAUCAGGUUGCUCACCUGGAGCUGGGCCAGGUUGAGUGUCAGUUGAAAACUACGCUGGAAGUGCUCCGGGAGCGCAGCUUGCAGUGUGAGGACCUCAGGGACACCGUAGAGAACCUGAAGGCUCAACUGGCUAGCACCAUAGCAGAGAACCAGAAGAAAGACCUGGAGAAGACACGCCAGUAUUCCCAAGAGCUCAGAGGGCUGACUAAGCAACUACAGAGCCUGACCCUCUUUCUACAGACAAAACUAAAGGAGAAGGCUGAACCAGAGACCCUCCUGAAAAGCACAGCCUGUGCUCCUGCCCAGGAACACCCUCUAUCCACAGAUAGCACCUUCUUGGGAAGCAUCUCGACAGCAGUGGCAGACAAAGAGCCAGAAUCACCUCCCAUGUCCUUGCUUGGAAGUGACAAGAGUGCUUUCACCCGAGUAGCAUCAAUGGCUUCCCUUCAGCCUACAGGACUUUCUCUUUCAGAGAUCCCAGAUAUGGAGAAGAGCCUGGCAGAAAUGAGUACUAUCACUCUGGAGCUUCAGAGCCUGUGUUCCUUGUCGCAAGGGUCUAAAGAAGAAGCCGUCAGGAGUAUGCAACAAAAGAUUUGUGAUCUGCAGGCUAGGCUGCAGGCCCAGGAAGAACAGCAUCAGGAAGCCCUGAAGGCAAAGGAAGCAGACAUAGAGAAGCUGAACCAGGCCUUGUGCUUGCGCUACAAGAAUGAAAAGGAGCUCCAGGAAGUGAUACAGCAACAGAAUGAGAAGAUUCUAGAGCAGAUAGACAAGAGUGGCGAGCUCAUAAGUCUUAGAGAGGAGGUGACCCAGCUUACCCGCUCACUUCGGCGUGCGGAGACAGAGACUAAGGUGCUCCAAGAGACCCUGGCAGGUCAGCUGGACCCCAACUCUCAGCCCAUGGUUACUAACUGGAUCCAGGAAAAAGUGUGGCUCUCCCAGGAGGUGGACAAACUGAGGGUGAUGUUCCUGGAAAUGAAAAAUGAGAAGGCAAAACUCACAGUCAAGUUCCAGAGCCAUAGAAAUAUCCUGGAGGAGAAUCUUCGGCGUUCUGACAAGGAGUUAAAGAAACUAGACGACAUCGUUCAGCACAUUUAUGAGACUCUGUUGUCCAUCCCAGAGGUCGUGAGGGGUUGCAAGGAGCUUCAAGGAUUGCUGGAAUUUCUGAGCUAAGAAACUAAAAGCUGGAAUCUGUUUCAUCUCUUUUUAUCUGCAAUACUCCCUUACCCCAAUACCAGGCCCAAUUGGCAUAGAGCCGGCUAGGUUUAACGCUAUUUAAAUAAAGUAUAUUUAAUGUA